GCACUGUUAUUCGCCUUUUAAUUACAAUGGUGUUCUGUGUGAAAAUGAAUGAGGUGUCAAUGCAUCACCCACAGCAAAGAGUGACUGUCAAAGCACCAAGUCACUCUGACAGGCGUCAUCAUCACAGAGAUAACAGAGUCUGCGUGCAGUCAAUAUAUCGUCUGAACAGUACAUCCACAACUUGCACAGUCAAAUGUUGCUGCGUCACUGGAGGACUGCAGGACCCACAAACACUAGUGGUUCCCCUGCAGUGUGAGAGAUCAGUGAUGGGACUGAAAACAGAGAGACGGGGAGAGGGAGCAGGACAGAGUAAAGAGGAGCAGAGGGGGCGAGAGCUGCCGUAGAACAACAUUUAGCCCGGCUGAGGAGUUUGAACAGUACACAGCCGCACAUCUGCUUCAUCCUGACAUACACCCUGAUGUGGUAACCAUGGCUUUUAAAAAAAUGUCGUUUGCGGUUUUCAUCCUGACCUGUGCUCUCUUAGAGAGCUCUCUGCUUGCCGGCUUAGAGAAAGAAAGAAGAAAAGUGGUUCAUGUUCUUGAGGAUGAAACUGGGGCAGUGAUCGUGCAGACAGCUCCAGGUAAGGUGGUGACGCACCGCGGUGGGUCCAUCACUCUGCCGUGCAGAUUCCAUCAUGAACCAGAAAACACUGACCCUGAUCGCAUCCGCAUUAAAUGGACCAAAGUGACAGACACGCUGCAGUUCCAGGACGUUUUUGUGGCACUCGGAAAGCAACAGCGUGUGUUUGGCCCAUACCGUGGCCGAGUGUUUCUGGAACAAGCGGGACCAGGUGAUGCAUCAGUGAUCAUCCAAAACGUCACACUGGAGGACUAUGGGCGCUACGAAUGUGAAGUGACUGACGACAUGGAGGAUGACACUGGAUUUGUUAACCUUGAUCUGGAAGGGGUGGUGUUUCCAUAUUACCCCCGUGAGGGGCGCUAUAAACUCAACUACCACCAGGCUGAAGACGCCUGCAAACAGCAAGAUGCCAUUUUGGCCUCACACUCCCAACUGCACAAGGCCUGGCUGGAGGGACUCGACUGGUGUAACGCUGGAUGGCUGGAAGACGGCUCAGUCCAGUACCCUGUAUCUCAUCCAAGAGCCCAGUGUGGACGCAAGGAAACGCCCGGAGUUCGCAACUACGGCUACAGGCACAAAGAGGAUGAGCACUAUGAUGCUUUCUGUUUCACAUCCAAGCUGAACGGCAAGGUUUACUUCCUGAAACGCUUUAAGAAGGUGAACUAUGCAGAGGCUGUCAAGGCGUGUGUUCGAGAUGGGUCUAUCGUGGCCAAAGUGGGUCAGCUCUAUGCAGCUUGGAAGUUCCAGCUCCUGGACCGAUGUGAAGCCGGUUGGCUGGAGGAUGGCAGCAUCCGUUAUCCUAUAGUUAACCCUCGCUCUCGGUGUGGAGGAUCUGAGCCUGGCGUCAGACACUUAGGUUUUCCUGAUAAAAAAUUCCAGCUUUACGGGGUUUACUGUUUUCUCAAAAACGAGGACAAAAAAGACACAGAUCCAAGAAAGACAACAGAAACUUUGACAACAGGGAAGAGCAAGAACAGCAUGUCCAUAAAUAGUACAGGCACAAUUUAAAGUAAAGGGCUAGCUGAGCUACUUAGGCAGAUGUUGACUUAGGUGAUUUUCCUUUUACCUACAGAUAUUUAAUCAUCUAAAGGAGUAGGUUAGAACAUCUGUUGUCAGAUUAAACAGCAGCUUAAGCAUCUUGCUAAAAACAUCAAAUCCGGGAGCCUGCCAUAUCCUUGUUUACAUGUUCCUGCAUGAAAAUCUGUGUGCGUGUUUGACAUAUUUUUGGC